AUUUUGCAAAAUGGCGGCAAGGACCCAAAGUUCUGAGUGUUUUGUUUUUGAUAUAUUUCAAUCGAAAAACGAGCCUCUUACCUUUGCUGAAAUAGUUGAAAUUUCCUCACUUCCACCUCUAGAGGCGGAGAAAGUACUACAGCGUUUAGAAAGCGAGCAAAAGAUGUAAGUUGAUGUUAGCUUGAGCUCAUACUUUAUUUUUACUAGCUGAUCAGCUCCUUGAUUACGUCCCUAUAUUAAACUGAAACUUUACAUAUUUUCUAGGCCUGUCUUUUAAACCAUCUUAUUCUUGCAGUUGUUUGAAAAAAGACUCAGAGGCUACAUUAUACGUACUAAAUGUUCCAGAUGAUAAAACGAAACAAACAGCGAAGCCAAAAACACCGGCAUCAUUCCGGGUACGACCAGCUUUGACUGCAAGGUAUAUUCCGUCAAAGCUUAUGAUAAAAUUUUAAACCAUUAAGCUUAAUUUUAAUUACUUGUAUUGUAGGAUUUGAAACACUCAACAAAACGUUUUCCCUUAAUUUUCUCUUUUGUUUUGAUUUGUUUGUUUGUUUUUUUAGGAGCAGUUCAAAAUUAAGACAACCUUUCAAGUCCCCUGUAAGUUUAUUUUUCAACCAGUUUAAGGUUUAGAGCCCGAUAUAAACACUUUUUUCAGCUCAUGCUGAGUCUGAAUCUCUCUCACACUCCACAAAGGAGUCUGAAGUUUGUAAUGACGUAAGUCUGAGGACGAGCAGUCCUUUAGACAAUAUUUUCAAAGGUGCUGACAAAAAAUAAAGGUUUUAAUUCCAGCAAUCUUAUGGGGACGUUAGCAGGGGGGGGGGGGGGGGGCAGUGCAGGUAAAAAAAGGACCAUCCCAAUAAGGACAUAUUUCACAAAAUCGAGUAAACUCACUGGAGGGGAAGUUAAGUGAGAUCCUUGAUGGAAGCAGUAGGGGCUGUUCUUCCACUAACGACAGCAUAUAUUUGAGGGUAUAUAAGUUAUUCCUAGCCUCCUUACAGGUGAGGGGUGGUUGUGGUGAAUCUACAAGCUAGAACACCCAAUUACAAAAUAGAUUAUUUUCACCAUGGUCAUACAUAUACUGGCCAACAUUCAGCUGCUUGAAUGGUAGUUGGUCCAGUUACCAUCUGGCCAUUUCAGUGUGCAAAGAGAGUAAUGUCUGGUGGAUUUUGCUAUCAGGCUAGUGAAUGCCAUGCUUAUCAAAAAAUUUUGGGGGGCUAGCUAGUACAUGCUAGCUAUUGCUGGCCCAAUUGGCAAGCUAUUAACUGACUCUCUUUGCGGUUGUUUUAUUUAUAAGAAUGCAGCUGUUCGUCCCAAUGUUUGUGUAUUUGUUUGUUUAUUUUUUUUUAUUAUUUAUUUUGCACUGAAGGACCCUCGAACAAUUAAUAUUUUAUGGCUUAACAUACUGACUUUUUAAGACACCGAAGUCACCAUGAAGAAGUACACAGGAGCAAAAGCCAAAUCUUAACUUUGUCUGUAUUUUUAACAUUUCAGCUUCAAUCAAAACAGCAAAAUAUGCUAGCUGAGGAAAAACCAACCUUGUCAGACGAAAUUCUCAGUUUAGAAGCAAAGCUAGAAAUUCUAGACAGGGAAAUCGAAGAACUCAGUCAAGAGUAAGUCAAUGAUACCCUGAAUUUGAGAAUUUGAGGGGGGGGGAGUGGAGGUGGGGCUUUGUCAACCUAUACUCUGGAGAUCAAGGUUCACUCUAACUUUCUUGAAAAUCAUGUUCAAAGGUACAGUGAGGAAGAACUUCAGCAACACAUAGACAAACUCCACGAAUACAAUGAAAUCAAGGAUGUUGGACAGCUCCUCAUUGGUAAAUUAGGUAAAUACAAAAUUAAUUAUUAUAAUAUAGAUAAUUUUGGAAUUGAUAUGGUAAAGCCAAUUCCUGCCACAAAAUGUUAACACUAGUAAUAGAGUAUUCAUCCGAUUGCUUCGACUCGUUUUCUCCUCUCAACAACAUCAGACGUUACUGAGGGAGUAAUAACGAUUCGAAGUAAUCAGAUGAAAUUCAGGCUAUAGAGUAUUAACCUUCACCGCCAUAUUCCUCUUCCAUAACCCUCAGUUUAUAAUUAUUUGUGGUAAAAAAAGGCUACCAAAAUGUGCCAAUCUGAAAUGAUCAUUAUUUUUUAAUUAAUGGCCAAGCAUGCCAAAGAUUUUCUUGUGUUUGGGUUUUCAACACUCAAAAAAAAUAAUCCUGGUUAAAGCUGAAGCAAGAUAAGAAAAAUGCGAUUUGACAGAAUCAAAGACAAAACUGGCUGUCAUUUUGGUAAGUUUUGAUCUAAGUAUGAUUAUUUAGUUUGAUUAACUGACUAAGGAGUAAGUCUUCAACAUCUGUAAUUUUCAUGGCAUUUUAUUCUUGUGAAUGUCACUUUGUACAACUUGAGUUACAACUCUGAUUAAUGUGGAUGAUUACUCAAUGGCAUUAAAAAAUCCUCACUUAUCAAAACUAUGAAAACUUUUCACAGUGUUUAUGACUCCAUUUGAUACUGUGAUACACUCAAAAAUGUUUUUGUUAACAGCUGAGAUAGAUGGAACAACAACAAAAGAUAUGUAUAAAGAAUUUGGAUUAAAUCUUGAAGACUAA